AUGCGCGACUCGGGUCAAAAUCCGCACUUUCCGUCUGAUCUUGUCACUGGUGACAGAGCUGUCGAUCUUGAACGCCUUAUAACAGAAUCGACGUUGUUCAUGGCCGUGGCCAAUAUAUAUUGGACAUGUUGGGCAUUGCUGAACGCAGAGGACUCAGUGAUUCCGUUUGACUAUGGUUCGUACGCCCGCGAUCGAUUAGCUCAGUAUUUUCUUCAGAAGAAGGCACUUCAACAUUAUAUGGACACUCACUAA